UCCACUGCGAACCAGCUCUAACCCGGCUGGGAAGCUUAUCCCUGCAAACCGCCCCUCUUGUGAUACCCCUGUCAAGGUCGGGUUCUAUCCAAUACAUCCCUUGUCGUUGCGCCAUCCAUUCUUGAGGAGUCUCUGCGACUUCGUCGUAGUAGUUCUCCCACCCCCCAUCAUCUUACUGCCAUCUCUUGAAGAAAUAGUGAUUAAAGAAGUUUUACGGAGAGUCGUUAUGGUUUAGGAUAGGAAUAGGGAUUGGAUACUACAAAGUAGCUAGGAGAAGGGUAUGUACCUACUAUAGUAGACAUGACCUUUCCUAGGUUCCUACCUCAAUGGUAGUGGGCUCCGACGCGGACCCGUACCACUAAGGUUCCACCUGUCACCUGAUUGAGAUUGCCUACGUACUAUUGGGUUCGCCUCCCACUGCCAAUGACCUAAGCCACUCGCUUUGUCAUCAUUGGUGUGGCUUGAUCUGCCGCCUUCUAGAAGGGCAUCCGAAGUGCGAUCGCCAUGAGCUAAACAAGUGUCCAAGGAUAACCCAAACCUCUUUCCAACUACCAAUACCGAUCGACCUACACGCGGCCGAGAAAAGAACGACAUUCGCAAGCUAUGGCCGACAGUGCGGCACCGCCAGCCGAUGCUCCCGUCGCCGUCUUCAAGCGACGAGGCGCAAAGGGCAAAGCCAACCUCCGCAAGAGGCCCGCGACUCCGCCACCGGCCAACAGCGACUCCGACUCCGACUACUCCUCCUCUGAAGACGAGGCCGGCCAGCGGGUCAAGAGGCGCAAGAAGAACACGGGCGCAGUCACAGCCUCCUCCAAAGACCACGUCACGUCAAAUAGAGACUUCUCUGCUACAGUCUACGCUGCCGAUCGCAGCGUGCCAAUAACCGACUCCAACGAUGCCACGAAACAAAGCAACUGGUACGACGAGGACGGCAAGGAAGCGCUAUCUUCUAGGAACCUUCUAGGCACCACGCGCGCCACGCCAAAGGCGUCGCAAGCCCCCGACGGAACAUACAAGGGCCUCGCGAAUCAGACGUCCUUCGUCACCAGGAACCCAGACGCCCCCAAUAGGACGGUCGGCCCCAUUAAGGCGCCUACAAACAUCAGAACCAUCACAGUCACCGACUUCGCCCCCGAUGUUUGUAAAGACUACAAAACCACCGGAUUCUGUGGUUUCGGCGACAACUGCAAGUAUCUCCAUGCUCGAGAGGACUACAAGCAAGGGUGGCAGCUCGACAAGGAGUGGGAGAACGUAACCAAAGGAAAGAAAAACAUCGCGGGCACCGUCGUCGCCAGCGCCGACCGAACUACGGCCGACGUGGACGACGAUGACGACGAGGAGGCCAUGCUGGAGAACAUACCCUUCGCGUGCAUCAUCUGCAAGGAGCCGUACAAGGCGCCCAUCAUCACGAGGUGCGGGCACUACUUCUGUGAGCCAUGCGCGCUCAAGAGGUACAGAAAGGACCCAACAUGUGCCGCAUGCGGGUCGGGCACAAACGGCGUCUUCAACUCGGCGUCACGGUUGAAGAAGCUGCUGGAGCGGAAGAGGGAACGCGCGGCUAAGAGGCGGCAAGAGGCGAUAGAGGCAGGCGAGGAAGUUAGCGACGAGGAUGAGGAGUAGCGGGGCAACACAAAAUAAAGAUACCAACCGCCCAUCGCGGCCGAAUACAACAUGUCCCUGGACACGUAGUCUAGGGCUGAAGGCUUCA